CGUAUAUUUAUUUGUAAUUGUCAACAAAAAUUCUAUAUUCACAUAUUGAAGUUGGAUAAAUGAUACUCUAUGCGUGUUUAAACAAACCGUAAUUUUUCGGGCGCAAAGAAUCGUAAAUGUGUUUCUACUGAUAAUUUAUUGUUACGCAUAGUCAUCUAUUUACAAAAAAAAAAAAACUGUUAAUAAAAAAAGUUCAUGGGUUCACAAUAUAUAUUUCUAUGUUUAAAAUUGUAAAAAAAAACUUCAUUUUUGGACCUUCUCCAAAUUUUCGGGAUUCGAGACAAAUUUGUGUUGCCUAAUAAGUUUAACUACAAGAAGAAAACACACGAAUGAAUCAAUAAUGAUUAUUAAUACUAUAAAACAGAUACUUCUCUUACUCUCUUUAGCAUACAAUUUUCCCACUCUUUCUAUUUUUCUCCCCUUACCCCAUUUAUACUGCUCUAUAAAAGAAGAGAUAUAUCGUUUAUACGCAAUGAACAGAAAAUGAUGCAAAUAUAAUGAGAGAAAUUGGUUUAAUUAAAUUGCAUAAAUAUACAUCAAUAUCGGUUUUACAUUCACUUUGCUACAUGUUGAUUUCCAUAAACGACUCCUCGAAUAAUUUUCUUCCAAUUGUCAGUCUUAGAUCUCACUCGUGCUUACCAUCAAAUUCCAAUAGCUUCUGAGGACAAAGUAAAAAACAACAGUUAUCACACACCAUUUGGUUUGUUCGAAUACCUACCUUUUUGAGUUGUGCAAUGCGCGGCACAAUCCUUCCAGAGUUAUGGACACGGUUUUACGUGAUCUCCAAUGCUGUUAUAGCCAUAUAGACGACACAUUGAUAGUCUGUAAAUCAAUGUAAGAGCAUUACCAACAUCUACAAACAGUAUAUAAAAGAUUAGAGGAGUACAGUUUAACUAUAAAUUUAGACAAAUGCAUAUUUGCAAAAUAAAAGGUCAAAUAUUUCAGUUUUGAAAUAAGCGCUGCUGGUAUUACACCGUUAGUAGAACGAGUUCAAGCAAUCCAGGAUUAGCCUAAACUAAAAUUUAUUGAAAAUUUACAAGAUAAGAAAACUGUGCAAUUUAAAACUUAUUAAAGACCAAAGACUGUAAGAUGUAAACAUAAGUUAAGUUAGUAUAGGUUAAAUUUUAAGGAGGAAGUGGUUGUAGCGAGACGCGACUAGCGUACCGACGUUAUACACUAACGCCUUUCCUCCCUCUACGGGAACUAUACCAAUUAAGUUCGAAGUUGAACGUAACGAUCGAGAUAUUAUAUUAUUAUUUGUGAUUAAUUUCACAAAUAAAUCGGAGUCGGUCGAAGUAACCUUUAAAUCCGAAAGAGACUAAGAAGAGACUAUCAGUUAAUGUAAUAAACGGCAAAAGCGAAAACCUAUAUACUGCCAUUUUAAUAUUUCAAUCUUAUCAGUUAAGAGCAAUUUAAAAUUUACAGUUUGUAGAGGUUAUUCAAACGUAACUAAUCAAAUUUAAGUGAGGUUAUUAAGAAAGAUAAAUGGCAUCAACUCGGCGGAAUAACCGAUUAACUUCCUGCGAAGUAGGAGAAAUUAUUGACGUUAUUGAUUUGACUGAUGAAACAUUCUAUCAUGGACCGCAAUCUUAUAAUAAUGUUUCUGAAAAUUAUUCUAAUUUAAAUAAUUCAUCCACAACUCUAUCAUAUAAUUUAAGAAUAAACGAAUUAAACGACGAACAGGCAUUUCUAGUUUCAACUGUAUUAGAUACUUUAGCUGAGAGUAUAUCACUUGCUUCAUCUCCUAAUGGAAGAAGAAAUAGAAAUGAUAGUAGAAGACAAGUCGCAGAUUCGAACAGAAAUAGAAUUAAUGAUAAUGUUAAUAUAAGUCAAGAACCAGAAGAAAUUUAUCUAGAUGAUACCGUUUCACCUAAGAACAACGGUCCCUGGUGCAUUAAUGAUUCUUGCACUGCUGAACCUACUAUGUUAACUUGUGCUAUAUGCCUUGAAGAAUUGAAAACUAAAUACAAGCCUACGGCAACAUCUUGUGGACAUAUAUUUUGUGAAAAUUGUUUGUUUAAAGUAAUUCGUAAAACAAAAAAGUGUCCUACAUGUCAGUCAAAAAUCACUAAAAGGUCAUGUAUAAGGCUUUACUUUUAAUUACAUUGAAGAAUUUGGUUUCGUUUUAA